AUGUGAGAUCACUUUCCGGUGCAGGCAAGUGCUGCUGCCAUUGCGUAAAAGGUUAUUAGAUUUUUGUACAGGAGCUGGAAUAGGAAUUUAUGCAAUCAUGCCUUUCAUUGAGCUGGAAAGUAACUUGCCAGCAAGUAAAUUCACCGAUGAUUUUUUGAAAAAACUGUGCUCAACAACGGCUGCUGCCCUUCAGAAACCUGAAGACAGGAUGAAUUUGUCCGUGAAGUCCGGAAUGGCGAUGCUCAUGGCCGGAUCCACUGCGCCGUGCGUCAUGCUGUGUGUGUCCGCCAUCGGCGUGACCGACACGGCGGAGAAGAACAAAGAACACAGCGCCAAGAUCUUCCAGUUCCUCACCGGGGAACUUGGCCUAAGCGAGGAUCGGAUCGUCAUCAGAUUCUACCCACUGGAGCCCUGGCAAGUAGGAAAGAAGGGAACUGUGAUGAGUUUCCUGUAGUGGAGGGGCCUGCCCACAUUUCCCCCUGGAGACAACACAAGCCAUUCCAUGCAUUCACCCGUAUAUCUAUUUUACUUAAGAUUCUCCCCAGUGUUAAUAUUUGGAAGAAUGUUAAUGCGCUUUCAGUCAGACGCACUUGGACCUGUAUUCAGUCAAUAUUUGCCCUUUACUUUCACUAAGAAUCAAACAGAAGGGUUACACUUUUUCUCGAAACUGUAUGUGAACAAAAGUAGUCUUUUUUAACUUUUUAAGUUGAGGAAAAAUGUUGAUUCACUCCUUGCUUUUUAAUUUGAUUAAGGGCAUACGAACUUCAGCCAAACUAAAACAAAACUACUGCAUAACUGCAAUUUAUUGAUAGUGAAACCAUUUUGGGUACACUUACUUACAUAAUACAUAGUCCAGAGUAGACAAGGUCAACUGUGGUCAUUUCAAAUAUAGUCUUUAUAAGUAUCAUUUAGAUUUUUCUAAAGUAUGGUCUGAUUGAAUUGCAUACCUUUGAAUCAGUUAUCUGCAUUUGACUGAAUUUUAGUCUUUUCAAAUUUGCCCACAGAGUGGGCUGUAGAAUUUAGUUACCUUUCUCAGACCCCUUAAUGAGCCAAAUUUUAAGAUUAAAUCACUCAUUCUGAUCAGCUCAUUGGUGGAAUGUGUGAUUUAGUCAUAGAUCACGGAUCUAUGGAGUUCCUAAAAUGCAGUUUUUAAGAUUUGCUGAUUUUUUUUGGGUAAGAAUGCAAAGCUUUGGCAUAGGAAAUUGAGGUUGUGCUUGCAUAUGUAUAUGCAUCGCUUGGCAAUCUUUUAGAAUUAAGAUAGUGAUUAAAAACAGACAUUAAAGAAGUA